AUUCACUUCCAACUGCGCCAGACAAUAAUAUAGAUCUUAUUUCAUUAAAUCUUGGUUUUUUAAUGUGUUUUCACUAAAACCACCAAGCAAUUUCCAUAAAAUCAACCUUGUUUUAAAUGAUCUAAUAUUCCUAAAUAUUCAUGGCAGUUUAAUUGCAGACUACUUAAUUGCCCGCAGCGCUCAGAACUUUGAUCCUUGACUUGCCCUGUGGAUCAGAACACUUUGAUCACCCCUGCUUAUUGUUUAAAAUUGCCGUGGAGACACUGAGAGAAGAUGGCUUUUGCCAGCCGAAUCCUUAUUGUUCUGCUUUUAACCAGUGCAGUCAGCGCGCAGAGUGGAGGAAGUAGUGUCGUGGCCUGGCAACCUUGGAUGACGGGAUUCUCUGCUGUUACUGUGUUCCUCUUCGUCAUCUUUGCUUCAUUGAUCAUUAAGAGAGCCUUUUGUGCAAAGGAAAAUGAAGAGCAUGGCACUAACCCAGACAAAGGAAAAAGGAGCGGGGACGUUGAGAUGAGCGACACUGGCAUUUACUCCUGGGCGAGGAACACGGAAAAAGAUGACUCUAGCCCUGACUCUAACUCGAGCAUUGGAGAAAGAACUUCGGUAUCCAAGGGUCACACUAGCCCAAUAAUGACUGAGAACACAACGACUGACUUCUGAGAUGCUGUCACUGGAAUCUGAUGGAUGAAUUCAUUGAAUAAGAAAAGAUUAUUUUCCUCUGAAAAUAUAAAGGAACGGUUCAGUGAUAGAAGCCUUUACCUAUCCGUUCCUGUAAUAAAUUCAAAGAUUCAGAAAUUCAAAGAACAUCUACCAUCGAAGUAUGGAUGCAGUAUACAACCCCGAGAUUUGUCUUCCCACAGACAGCCACAAAACAAAGAAAGAAAGGCCAUGGUACUCUUUCAAAGAAAAACAUUAAACUCCCAACACGGAAAAAAAGAAUAAAUCACACAAAUGGCAAUAAAAACCAAAUAUAAAAUCUGUGUAGGUAGCAAGAGACCAGUGAACAUUUAAAACAGAACUUACUUAGCGAUGAGUGUUAUUCUUUUCAGGAGGCGUGGCUGUUUAAAACGCUGCUGAUAAAUUAUAAUGGAAAUCCAAAAUAAUUAAUAAUGAGACCACUUGAAUGAGGCUUGUAUCACAUGGAUGGUAACUUGGGAUUUGGUGUUGAUUUGCAUCUAUUAAAUAUUAAUGAAAUAUGACACAAUGAUGCAUUGAUAUAAAAGUUAAUCUUUCAAAGAGUAAGAAUAACUUGUUUCUAAUGAAUCUAAUUUUUCUGCUUUUGAUUGUACAAUCGUGGUUUGUUGUUUCAGUGUUAUUAAUAUUAAACUCCUUCUUUGUG